GCAUUUUAGGUUUAUAUUGAAGCUAGACUGCCAAAGUCAGAAGCUUAUGAUAAGCAAUGGUUGGAAGAGGGAAGACGGUAACAUCAAUUGAGAGCACAUUAAUAUUGAAAAAAUUGUUGAGGAAUAUAUGGAGUGCAUGGGAUGUGAGGGGGAUGGUUCUCUUGAGCUUGUUCUUGCAAAUAGUCCUCUACAUCUUAGGCCAACGCAGAAGGUACAGUGUUGGCCUAAUCAGUAGAAUGAUUCUCUGGUUUGCCUACAUAAGUGCAGACUGGGUCGCCAUUGCUGCUCUUGGUAAGCUUUCUAGUACUCAUGCAUUAUCUCCUACAAAAAAUGUUCUAAGAGCACUAUGGGCUCCCAUACUGAUACUGCACCUUGGUGACCUGGAUACCAUCACUGCUUACGCUUUGCAAGAUACCCAGCUCUGGACCAGAGACAUCUCACCUUAGUUGUUCAAUCCAUGUUUGCCAUUUAUGUCACCUUUUUGCCAUUGACGGAAAUCGUGCUAGAGACAUUAUAUACAAGAGGUAUACAGAUGGUUUUUAUGUAUCCAUCAGAGUUUAUUGGUAU